CCUAGUCUUGACCACGACUUAUUACUUUGAUGUCUGUCAAGCCGUGAUGAUCACAAUGGACGAGAUACUAACACUGAUGGGGUACCCCUCUAUGAUAUACUGCUAUCUGAAGUCUACAACAACUGAGCUUGCUACUCUAAAAACACAAACCGUCAGUUUUGUCGGUCUUGGUUAUACCUGUGAGGUGACCAACUGGGAGUUCUGUGACGCGACCCUGCCGAUCAGGUAUGUGAACGGUUCCUGCGGAUGUAACCAGAAACUCUACAACGCCAGCGGUGUGCCCACAGUCAAGCACCGGUUUUAUUUUUACAUCGAGGCGGUGAAUGAGGAGAUGGACGGGGAAAUCGUCAAAUGUACGGUGGGGACACAGAUAAGGGAGACAAAGGAGGUUCACGCCAUCACCUUUACUGCCACUCCAGAGAAAAACCUCCACAUCUGUAGAGGGAGGUCAGUCACCCUCAACUGGGAGUACGAGGUGACGAAAAUAGAAAUACAGCAAGAGUACCCGCUUUGUGUGAUGAGGUGGAGGAAGACCAAGGUACUCACCCAGAGCGAGACGGAGCUGGCGUACUACAGCUUUCCCAAACCUGACCAGGUGAGGUCACAUUCGAUUCUAUUGACAGUUAUACAGGGGACCUUGAACCUGACCAGGUGA